AUGACACGCGAUACAACGCCCGCCCGGUCCAACCUGAGGUCCAGUGAGAGGUAUUCAACAGUCACUAUUCGCGCAAUACAGGAUUUCACCUGUGCAUCUCCAUUCAGCAACACGUCUUUUGACCAAUCUGAUACUAUCCUCAGUCAAUGCGUAUUUGACGAAUCGGAGCGGGACUUGAUCAAUGUUGCAGCAGUGAAUGGGCCAAAGAGCGGGAUUCUGGCAGCAACGUGUGACCCAUGUGUUCAGACAACUGGGACAGAAGCGGCAGCUGCCGCAAGGAAGCUGGACGGUGCGGCGAGUCUUUCGAUUGCAGCGACGGCAGGCGGGAAGACGUGGAAGAGGCGGAAGCCGAGGAAGGCGCCCGAGGUGUGGCAGGACGAAGAAGUAGAUGAUGGUCAGAACAUCGAUCGAGACAAUCAGUAUGCAAGCAAGUUGUGCUCUCUAAAGUGUGCCAUUAGAGGAGCAAUGGCGAGUUAUAUCGCUGCAGCAGCACAAGAGCCCGCAGAGCGGCGGGUAGUUUGA